CGUCGUCGUCGUCCUUCCUGCUCCUCCUGCCGCUGCUCGUCUUCCUGCUGCUGGCCGGCGGCGGCGGGGCCGGGCCCCGGGGGACCCAAGCGCUGAUGUGUUCGUGCACCAGCUGCAACCAGGCCAACUACACGUGUGAGACGGACGGGGCCUGCAUGGUCUCCAUCUUCAACCUGGAGGGCCUGGAGCACCACGUCCGCACCUGCAUCCCCGCCGUCGAGCUGGUGCCCGUCGGGAAGCCCUUCUACUGCCUGAGCUCCGAGGACCUGCGCAACACCCACUGCUGCUACUCCGACUUCUGCAACAAGAUCGAUCUGACCGUGCCCAGCGGACACCUCAAGGAGAACGAGCAGCCAUCCACCUGGGGCCUGGUGGAGCUGGUGGCCAUGAUCGCAGGCGCCAUCUUCCUCUUCUUCAUCAUCACCAUCGUCAUCGUCUCCAUCUUCCACCACCACCAGCGCGUCUACCACAACCGGCAGCGCCUGGACAUGGAGGACCCGUCCUGUGAGAUGUGCCUGGCCAAAGACAAGACCCUCCAGGACCUCGUCUACGACCUGUCCACCUCGGGCUCCGGGUCAGGGCUGCCGCUGUUUGUCCAGCGCACGGUGGCCCGGACCAUCGUCCUUCAGGAGAUCAUCGGCAAAGGCCGGUUCGGAGAGGUGUGGCGUGGCCGGUGGCGUGGGGGCGACGUGGCCGUCAAGAUCUUCUCGUCGCGGGAGGAGCGGUCCUGGUUCCGGGAGGCCGAGAUCUACCAGACCGUCAUGCUGCGCCACGAAAACAUCCUCGGCUUCAUCGCCGCCGACAACAAAGAUAACGGCACCUGGACCCAACUGUGGCUCGUCUCCGACUACCACGAGCACGGCUCCCUGUUCGACUACCUGAACCGCUACACGGUGACCAUCGAGGGCAUGAUUAAGCUGGCGCUGUCGGCGGCCAGCGGGCUGGCGCACCUGCACAUGGAGAUCGUGGGCACACAGGGAAAGCCGGGCAUCGCGCACAGGGACUUGAAGUCCAAGAACAUCCUGGUGAAGAAGAACGGGAUGUGCGCCAUCGCCGACCUGGGCCUGGCCGUGAGGCACGACUCCGUCACCGACACCAUCGACAUCGCCCCUAACCAGCGGGUGGGGACCAAGCGGUACAUGGCCCCCGAAGUCUUGGACGAGACCAUCAACAUGAAGCACUUUGACUCCUUCAAGUGUGCCGACAUCUACGCGCUGGGGCUGGUGUACUGGGAGAUCGCUCGCAGGUGCAGCUCAGGAGGGAUCCAUGAGGAAUACCAGCUGCCCUACUACGACCUCGUGCCCUCUGACCCCUCCAUUGAGGAGAUGCGGAAGGUCGUGUGUGACCAGAAGCUGCGGCCCAACAUCCCCAACUGGUGGCAGAGCUAUGAGGCGCUGCGGGUGAUGGGGAAGAUGAUGCGGGAGUGCUGGUACGCCAACGGUGCCGCCCGCCUCACGGCCCUGCGCAUCAAGAAGACGCUGUCCCAGCUCAGCGUGCAGGAGGACGUGAAGAUCUAGCCGGGCCGCCGCCCACCCGCCGCCCACCACCGGGACGGGGCGGCGGGCCCCUUCCUCUCAGCCGCCGUGCCGAGCAAGACGCCGGGGCAGCCUGGCUCCCCCACUCGGGGCGGGCCGGGCGGGGUGUGAGACCCGGACUCCUCUUCUACCCACCCCUCCUCCCGUCAGCAUGAAGACUUGAGGGAUCCUUGGCGGCGGAGGAGGGGCGUCUCGGGCACCCUACCCGCCCGGCCCCCGAGGGGAGCCGGGGCCGCCGGGCCUCCGGGCGGCGGGGGAGAGUCGGCACGGCCGGGUCCCUGCCCCUCCCGGGGCUUUUAUCGCGGACCGGCCCCCCCCUCCGCCGGAAAGACCGCGGGGCCCGGGGAGGGGUCGUCGCGCGUGCCGGUCGUGCCGGCCGGAUGUGUGCAUGAGCCACGAGCGGGGUGUGUCUUCCCUUUGUGCCUAGCCCGUGCCACACUCUUUCGCGUGCGUGCGUGUAUGUGUGCGUGUGUGCGUGUCUGUGUCUGUCGGUCAGGGGGUUGGGGGGGAGGGGGUGGCGGGUGCACACGUAUGUACUCGAGCUUCUCGUGCAUGAGCCGGCGGCCGGGGGAGCCGCGCCCUCCCGGUCCGCUCGGGACUCCGGGGUCUGGGCCGCUCUUCCGUCCGGCCGCCGCGCCCUCCCCACUCCCCCCACCCGCCCCCUCCCCGUGGGACUUUUGAGGGGAGGGGGUCUCCCGGCUCAGGGGAGAUCCCGGGCCGGACUCCACGCGGCGGGCCGGAUGAGCGCCCCCUCCACGCCCCCUCGCGGGGGCCGCGGUGUACAUUUUGGGGGGCGGGGGGUGGG